CCCGACUCUGCACCCGAGGGAGGAGCUCGCAGAUGCUCCGGUCUUCUGGAAGUGAGCCGCCUCUCACUGCUCGGCUUGGCUCCAGGAGGGGUCCACGGCUCGACUUGGGGCCAGUGUGAGGAGGGGGCCCCGGGACCCCUGAUCCUGGAGCUCGGAGGGCGGGGAUCCCUGCUGGGGCUAGUGCGCUGGCCCGGGGCCGUCGAGCCUGGGAAGUGUGGUCCUGGGUGGCUGCAGACAGAGCAGCAGAGAGGCGAGGGGACAGAGCGAUCUGUGAAAUGGGCACACGAAGGCUGUGGCGGGUGCUCCGGGAGGCUCCAGGUGCCACCCCCUGCGAGCCGCGAGCCGGCGGCGCGGCCGGGGCGCGCUGACUCUCCUGCGGUCCUGCUGGGUCCCGGCCCCCGGCCCCGCCCCGAGGCGGUGCUAGCUCCGCCCCUGGGAGGGCACUUCCGGCGCAGCGGAACUCCGGGUGCCGGGUGAGGUUGCCGGUGGGUCGGCUCUGUGGUCUCGGACGAGGACCCAUGAGUGCGGCGCCCCUGGUGGGCUACAGCAGCAGCGGCUCCGAGGAUGAAUCCGAGGCCGGCGUGCGGACCAGGCCGGGGUCUGGGGGCCGCCGCCGUGGCCAGAGCCCCCUUCCCAGUCAGAGGUUUCCAGUACCUGACAGUGUACUGAACAUGUUCCCGGGCACUGAGGAGGGGCCUGAAGAUGACAGCGAAAAACACGGGGGACGGGUGCGCACCUUCCCCCACGAGCGGGGCAACUGGGCCACCCACGUCUACAUACCAUAUGAGGCCAAGGAGGAGUUCCUGGAUCUGCUUGACGUGCUGCUGCCCCACGCCCAGACCUACGUGCCCCGGCUGGUGAGGAUGGAGGCGUUCCACCUCAGCCUGUCCCAGAGCGUGGUUCUGCGCCACCACUGGAUCCUACCCUUCGUGCAGGCUCUGAAAGAGCGCAUGGCCUCCAUCCAUUCUCCACCUCCCACCAAGAGUUGCCUCCUUAGAACAAGAGACAUUUGUAUCACCCAGGAAAUUCCAAAGGAUUUAGGAGCUCUGCGUCAGGAACUGUGUAAAAGACCAAAUAACAGAACAAAAGAUGCUUUUAGCACCGCCACUGCUUAGGAAAUCACACAGGUUUUGGGAUCUCUGUGUCAUGAACUGGGGGCAGAGGCUUACAUAUGUAUUUCUUAUUUCUCUUCUGCAUACAGGUCAUGGUAGUGGUGGUGGCUCCCUCAGAGGGGGCUUGUGGGAGUGAAAUGAGACCAUGUGUGCCCCCAGUGUGGCGACUGGUAAAGGAUCAGACUUACCCCACAGCCUUUUCCCAGGUCUGUCCUCGCUGCAGGCAUCAGAGAUGUUGAGUGAUUGAGCAGGAAGGAGGGAGCCCAGAGAAUACCUUUCUUAGAGUCCUCCGGAUCCUCUGAAUGUUGGUAUUAGCCCAAGAAGCCCUCCAAGUGGUAGUUUUCUGACUCUGUUUGUAUCAGCAGAGCCUGUCUUCAAACCUGGCCCAGAAGCCUGAUGUAUAGAUGUGUAGGACAGAUAAAAACUGCUUCUAGCCAAAGCCACACCCACACAGCCCAGGAGGCCUGGAAUUCCGUAGAAUGUCUCUGCCCAAUUGGAAAACUGCCCAUUUAGUUGAAUCCCCUUCUGAGGACCAGAGAAGGAAAGAACUUAUCCCAAUCUAGUCAGUUAGCCAGAGAAUCAGACUAAAACUCAUCUUUCAACCUAGCCCAGGCCUCCUCCCUUUUUUGAUUGUCACUCUCAAACUCACUGGUCCAUAUGUAUGUUACCAAGACUGUCUUGACCACAGGUACCAGAAACCCAACCCAACAUGGCUUAAACCAAAGGAGAAUUUAUAGGCUGGUGUCACUAAAAGGUUCAGAGAUUGUACCGGCUUCAGGAUGAGUGGAUCAAGGUGACCAGAAGAUGUCAGAUGGCACCUGACUCCCACCAUCUCAGCUCUGUCCUUCUGUGGGGGCUUCAUUCUCACAGUGACAAAGGAGGCCACCAGCAUCUCCAGGCUGAUGGUCUACCAGCCUGGAAGGACAGCCCUCUUUUCUAAUUGGCUUCAGCAAAAGUCACGGGAAUGACACAUUGGUCUGACUUAGCUUCUGUGCUUUCCCUUUGUGAGUGAAGAGUUAACAAACCCUUUCCCCUUCUACACGAGAGCACUUCCCUUAUCUUGCUGAAGCUCUGAGCCCUAGAUAAAGGUGCAGCCGUGUUACUUAUGUGAAAAUGACAGGUGCCGGGCAUCUGGACUGGGAAGCCUGAGUGAACGGGGCCCCUGGUGGGAAGCCAUGGCUUUGGGCUUCCAUGAAUGCAGUGGUUCCUUCACUGGGCAGGAACCUCGCUGAGACCUCUAGAGACUUUGCCCAAGAGCCAUCACUAGAGGUCCCAGUGCCGUGUGUAUGUGGCUGUUCCCUUGCCCACUGGGAGACCAGAGAACAGCACCCGGGCCAUUGCGCUGGCUCCCUCUGAGGACAUGAUUCUGAUGUUGCCCUGUGGGUACACAGCGUUUCCUGCCUCGUGUCCUCAGGGAAGCCAGGCCAGGUGUGGUCUUUUCAAGUUUGAUUGUCUGGUUGAGCCUAAGAUGACCAAGAGUGGGCAGUGCACCCCCAAUUCUGUUGCUGCGACUGAGGAAGUGCCCUGCUCUGAAUGGCCAGGCCUGGGUCAGGGGCCCGCCUGCCUCUGGCGUAGGUUGGCGAGCAGCCCUCCAACACAAGGGUGAUGGGAGAAGGGGUAUUGGUUGGGCACAAACAUCCAGUGUCCACUCCAGCAUUUUGGCAGGCACCUUGUAGAACUUUUCCAAAAAUCUACACUUAACCAAACUCGUGGUGGUUCUAUCAUCUCUUACGAUUUCCCAGAAAUUGAUGCAUUCAGAGGUUGAAGGCUGUCUGUAGAAGCAGAAAAUUGACUGACUGACUUUCUGUCCGUAGAAAAGUUGUCAGAUGCUACCCAGCAUGCUAGUGUGUCGUUCUCCCUCAGAUGGGGUGAGACCCUUGGCCUGGGGGGUGUAAAAUGCUCUUUACUUGUGAUGGGACUUGCCAAGUUAGCCCAUGAGUAGCAGGAAGUCAGUCUGUCCCUCUGAGACCUCUAGUGUCCCACAGAACUCAGCCAGAACCAGCCAAAGUCAAAGCACUCAACCUAGUUGAACCUCACUGG